AUGCCGCUAUCCCACAGCUUUCACCGUGUACAGAAGAGAUCCGUUUUUUCGUCUUCCGUCUUGAACGACUGCUUGCCGUCUCCAGCCCUACGGUGCCAUGACAGAGACAUCCCUGGGGCUCACACGUCCCCGGCUUCUCCCCAAGCCUCGCCCCACGCCAUGAGCAUGGAGUUGGUUCGCCAGUCUUCUCUCGUGCCUCCUCUUGCAUCUUCUCAUCAGUGUGCUGCCGCGCCCCAUGUCUCCUCGGCGGCGGUCGCCGGGGGGGCGCUCGCACCCGGCUUUUUCCCGACUGCUUCCUCUGGUGUGGUUCAUCCCUCCUCGUCUCUUCUUCUCUCUUCCGCCCCUCCGCCGAUGCAAUACAAUGCCUUCCACUUCUCUGCGGCGGUGCCAGGCCAGCAAGCCGUGUGUCAGUCGUCUGCAACCUCAAGUUGGGGACCGGGAGCUCCUGGGGCGGUCGCGACGCACGGCUCGUCUCAGCUUUCCGGCGCUCCCUUCCUCCCGGUCUUCCUCCCUUCUGCAAACGCUCCCCUCUAUGUGUCUGCUGAUUCCAGUGGGAAUGUGCUCUCUGCGGCAGCCGUCCCCGUCUGUGUGAGCUCGUCCAUCGACGGCUUAGAAACGGGCCGAGGCAUCAGUCAAGGCGACGGCCAAAGGGGCGCAGCACCCACUGGGUCGCCUCUUGCCGGGAGAGACGAUGCGGCCUUGGUCGGCCUCGAUCAAGGAGCCGGGGGUGGCGCGUGUGUGUUUGUUCUUUUUCUUCUCUCGCCCUCGGUCUAUUCGCUGCUUCCCCAGCAACAACAGCACGUUGCGACUGCUGCCGUGUAUGAACACAUGGUGAGGGGAGUGGUCCCCUAUGGGCUUCAGUCAUCUGAGCAGGCGUACUGGACGCUGGCGUCUUCUCGGAAUCUACACCCGGCUCUGUGUGGGGUGCCUCCGUCCCCGACCCCCCUUCUCGCGCAAGACGCUGCUGCCUCGAUCUCCCAAGACCCUGCUUCGGAGGCGCCUUGUGUCGACUCCUCUCAGGACGGCGAGGGAGCGGCCGACGGCGCGAGCGAACCCGCCUUGAGCUCCCAGAUCCCCCUGGCUCCUGCAGUGCCGUGCCGUCCUUCACUGGGGAAACACGCGGAAGAACGAGGAGAGUGGUGCGAUCAAGGCGACAGCGAGACGGUGCAAGGUCAAGAGCGCGACAGUCCAAAUGCCCAGAAGCGACGCCGGGGGGGGCCUGGAGAUGCAGUGACGCCGACAGGUGAAGGCCGCGAAGGGGCGAGAGCAGCCGCACACGGACACGAAGAGGCGAGAGCGACAACUCCCAAUGUGGAGCCGGCUCCUGCGUCUUCGAGCGACUGCUCUUGCGCCGCCUCUGUCCGCGCCAGUGGGUCUCCGCGGACGCGUGUGGCGACGGCGAACGCAGUGGUGGCAAAGCCAGAUGGAGUCGACGCGGAUCGGAAAGGCGAGGACCUAAACAGGGAUGCCUGCGGCGAGGUUGGCUGUUCAUGUCAAGAAGCUGCACCAAACCCUUGCGGGGCUGACCCUGGAGGCGAACUGCUGGGCGUGCCUCGGAGUCCGUGGCCACAGAACGCAUUGAAUCAGGAGGCAGCGGUAGUCUGUGCCUCGACCUCUGGGGCACUGCCCAGCGAACGGGGGAUCCAAGACGGGCGGACCCGCCUCGGGAAGGACCAGGAGGGAAGCGGUGGGACACAGGUAUCUGCCAAGUCGUUCAUACAGAGGAAAAGAGGCAGUCUGCGGGGGCUGCCUCCACCGCAACGUGGCGCACGCCUCGGAGGGCCGGGCCAGCCUUUCAGCUUCGAGGGCUUGGAUUCGUCUCUGCCUGCUCCAUCUCUCUCCCGCGGGGUCCCAACACCCCCAUUUCCGCACCCCCCGCCAGAGACGGAUGCGUCUUUCCCCUCGUGUUCCGGUCCUCCGGCCACGCCGCUCCAGGCUCAAACGGGCGCGCGGUUCAACUCGGGAGUGUCUCCGAACGCCGCGACCCCGGCUCGGCCACGGGCCUCCUAUUUCCCCAACUUCCCCGCGCCGUUCCGCCCACAUGUCCAACCGACAGCAGGGGUCUCUGCCAAUUUGGGCAGCGCGCCCUACCCCGUCUGUGGGCCAGUGGCCGCCGGCGCCGCAGUCCCCGUCUCGUCGGAGCCGUUUCUGGCCCAGGCAGCUGGGGUCGCCGAAGCGGGCGCUUUGCGCCUUGCUCAGGGGUCAGUCGCGCCCUCGCCUGGUGGGGCCUGUUCCGGGGAGGUGUGUACCGAGGUGGGGGCCGGGGGCAAGGCAGGGGCGACACACGGCGCAAACGGCAGGUCGGCGACAGAUGUCUCCGGGGCCCGAAUCCUAGACAGCGGCGUGGAGGCUGUCAAUGAGGCGUGCCCGCACGCGCUUCCCCCUCCGAUGUCCCACCUGCGCGACUCAGGCGUCGACGCCGUGUCCGACGCCUCGGCUUCCUCGUCCACAGGUUCGCGUGCGGGGCCUCUGCGGUCCGUGCGUGAGGCUCGGACGCCGUCCAUUCAUGGCGCCUCCUCCGGCAGUGCCUGGAGCGCCAGGCAGCGAGGCAUCUUGUCUUACUUCGGCAUAGGUCCUUCGGAAGCCCCACAGCUGGCGGCGACGGGGAGACACAGUCCUCAGUGGGGCGCGGAGACGCUACCGCCUGGGUCUGUGAGCGGAUUCGGUGGCGAGGGAGGUAAGGCAAACCGCGAGCGAGGCCGACGCAGCUGCGGCAAAGUGAACAGAAGAGACAGAGAGUCUGUAUGGCCUCUCGGGAGAGGCCCCCGAAGUCAAGAGACGCUGGCGCCUCUCUCUGCCGUUCCAGGGCGACGCAGUGCAGACCCCAGCGGGAUUCGUAGGCGCGUGGCCAGCGUCUCCCUGGGGGCAAACCUCGCGGCUGGACCGGGGCGCGAGCGCGCCAGGUUCUGGUCCGCACACGGGAAGGAGUCUCUGAGGGAGCGGCGGAGGCUCCAGAAUUGGCGAGAGGUCCAGCGAUCGGUGUCGGUUACCCCAGGAAACCUCAAAUCACCGGAGGAACGUGCGGACGCGUGGAUGGACAGGGGCGCGCCGGAUCUGCCGGGCGGGCUCCAGGAGCACUCCCGAAGAGCGACGAGGCCGAAACGGAGAACCGAGGGCCAGGUGAACGGCGAGCAGCCCUGGAGAGCGCUGGGGCACGGCUCAGAGGAGGCACGAGAACAGGUGGAGGAAGGGCGGCUAUGGUGCGGUCCAGAGAACCGAACUUGGGAAGGACGUGGCCCCGAAGGCCCAACAGAGCGAGACCGAUGGCGAGGUUCUGACCGCGAACGUGCGGGCCGACUUUCGCUCGACGUUUCUGGCUGUCCAGCGCCUCCGCUUUUCGUGCCGCCAAGCAUGCUCGCUCCAGGCCAGAGACAGGCGCGGGUCUCCGAGACUCGGGAGAUCCCGAGAGAGCCCAUAGGGAACGGAAACGCGUUUCCUCUCUGGAGUCCGGUUCCGGAUCCCCCGCAGGUGCCUUCGGCCUCGGCUUACGGCGACGUGAGUCAGCUGCAGCGUGGCGGCGAAGUGAAAGAGAAGAAGACUUCCAAGAGAAACCAUCGCAGCCGCGGGUGGGCCGUUCCCGUGUCCCCCUGUGCGGCGAGGUCCCCGCUUCUCUCGGCUCCGCCUCCGCGCCUUCGUCACCGGGUGCCUGCUGGCCCACCCCUCCCAGCAGGGGCGUAUCCGCCGUCGGGUCGGCCACUCUCUCUUCCCUGCUUCGGCUUGGUCCCUGUGCAGCCUCCUCCUCCGCUACCUGCGCCGCCUGCCUACGCGCCUUCGGCGCAGAUGAACGCACAGCCCCCGAUGCCCCCAGUCUCUCCUCGGGUCGUGUGGCCGUCCUCCCCCUUCCCCAGGAGGCCUGUCUCUUUGGCUGCGUUUUCGCCUGUUGCAGCCGGACACUCAGAACGCGCCCAGACGCCUGCGUCGAGGCGAGAUGACGGGUGCGUCGCAUGCAGUUUGGUUCACUAUCCGCCGCUUCCUCUUGCCUGCAUGCCGGUAGGCGCCGAGGGAAGCGGGGAGGAGCGCCGCAGCGGCCUCCGACCGCGCCAGGGGCUGCGGAAAGGCGAGCCUCAAGACUCCAGGAGACGGCGAGAGGCUCCAGUCCCGGCAGAGGCCGAGCCGAACCUGCGCUGGUGUUCUUACGGGUCGGAGGCCGGAGGAGUUUCACCCUCCGGGGCGGUCGCCUCGCGCGAACGCCUCCAGAAGCAGGAAAAGGACGCCGCGAGGGUCGAGCGAAGCUUCUUCCUCGUCGACAGAGACGAGCGAAACGCUCUUUGUCCGGUGCCGCCUCGCCGCAGUACGAGCUCCACACGUCUCUCUGCCGAUUCGGCGCCAGGACCCGGUGUGGCGGAAGGCGAAGGCCUACUCUGGCCUGGAGGCAUGCGACACUCAACCUUCUGCGUGCAGAGAGACGGCGAGGCGGCUGGUACGCGGAUGCAUGCAGGGGACAGCGAGGGUCGGCAGGAGGGAAAAGCACUCGGGCCUGAAAGACAGACUGCGGGAUGGAGGCUCCCAGCACUGGGGCCAAUGCCGCCGUGGGUCCGGCCCGCAGACCUGGAUGUCGAGAGGAGGCGAGGCAAGGCGCAGGCGGGAAGACUUGUCAGCGAAGGGAGACUCUCGGCGGGUUCAUCCAACGGGCCGAGCGCAGUUGAGGCGCCGCGUAUCCCAGACAGGCGCGGCGACCGCGAUAGAGGCGCGAGAACGUACCAAACGAGCGGGCAAAGCGACAGGCAGUCGACGCAGGGCGAUGUCCCUUCGCCUCUGCCGCAGACAGAGCGUGAGGUGUAUGUACGGCCAGUCGGGCUUCCGACAACGGAAGGGCCGUGCCUGGGGUCUUUCGGCGCCGAGCACGGGGCAAAAGGCGGGCGGGGUAGGCGAGGCCGUGGCGAACGGGUAGAGGGGAAGAGCGGGAACGCGUUUGGAAGUGCAUGCACAUAUGCGGAGCCCACGCACGUGGAAGGCAAGGCGGUGAGGGCGUGUCCGGGAACGGGAGUCGCGAUCGCAGCUCAGGAGUACGCUCCGGGGAGAGACGGAAGACAAGACGAUAGAGGCGAGACGCAGCGAAGUGGAUGCGCGAAAGUUUCGAGGCGGGUUGACGAACGGAUGCACCACGCGUGUAGUCGCGUCGAGACGAACGAAGGCACCUAUCGCCUGCAGGGGCGUCAGCAGAACGACGUGGACCCCGGCUCGCGCAAGGGGAACGAGGUCUGUGGUGCGGUUGCACGAGGAGCGAGAAGACACAAGCGCACGUCGUUUCCGAGGCUCUCGCAUUCGUGCGCUCCUGUCCUUUCAUCUUCGUUAGCUUCCCCGUUCUCCGUUUCGUUGACGUCGAUGACCCCCUCGGAGUCUCUCACCUCCUGCGCGCUUUCGCCGUCUUCCUCCUCUGGAUCCUUCUACACGAGUCCGUCGAUCUCCUCGUUUUCCACAGUGUCCUCGGCGUCUUCUAUCUACCCGUGCGCCGCCAAUGGUGGCUUCCCCGCGACUUCGUGGUCCACACCUGUCUCUUCGCCUUGCUCUGCAGUCUCCGGGCGCGGAGGGACACAAGUUCAGAGCGAGGAGACGCCGUUCGUGCGUGCCCACGUCGAUGCGACUCAUCUCAAAAACUUCUCGCCGCGUCUGCCCAGCCGGCCGAGGCCGAGUGUCCCUUUUCUCCCACUCUCUGCUCCGCCGUAUUCUCUCCAGGGUGCGCCUGUCGAACCGUCGGCUCUGUUCUCGCGUCCGCAUGCGUUUUCUGGGAACGCCAUAGCGAGGAGGCACACGGGCAGUGAGGGAGACCGACGAGGCGCCGGAGAGGCAGAACGAGUCAACGGCAGGUUGGAGGUGGAACCCCGAACCUGUUUCUUCUCGUAUGCACACAAGGGACGAGGCCGUCGGCGAGAGCACAAGUCGAGAGACGAGGAGGCAAAGGCUGUCGACAACACACUGGCAACCAUUCUUGAGGGCAGUCGAGUGCUUGAAAUGCGCCGGAGGCCGGUGAGGCACUAA